AUGGAUAGUCAACAAAACAACAUUGCUGCGACUUUGGCACGAUUAUACGACAAGGCCGGCGACGGAGAGGAAAAUUAUAUGAAAUCGGAUGUGCUCCCUCCGAAUAACCCACCGGAAAUUCGGAAAAACAGAGUUGACAUCGAAGGUGAUUUACAAGGUAUCGUUCGACUAACUCUGCCUCAACUCAAAUUCUUAGAAAUGGUGGCCGAUGCUAUACGACCAGCGGCUAUGCUCGGAAAACUGAAAACGGCUCCAACAAAAAUUAUGACAAUGGAAGAUAGUAAGACACAUUUCCGGAAACUGAGAGGUGAAAACGUGCCGGGUCAUCUACGACAGCCAUCCGUGGCUAUGCAGACUGAGAUUUUUACGCCAAAAAUGAAACCUGUCCUACAGCAGCUGGUAGUAAAACGUUGUGAUAAUCACGCGAAGUUUGCUAGACGUUAUGUCUUCCCCGCAGACGUAUUAUUGGCCAAAGCCUUACGUCAGGCGGCCAUACCAAUGCUGGAAAAUGCUGAUGUGAUCGAAGGACAGUCCAUUGAAAAUAUCAAGGAGGAUAGAGAUUCUCGGAAAAUGCAAUUGAGCAUUAAAAGCGUGACAUCAGAUUCACAACAGCCGUCCACCAUUGAAGAAAAUAUUGAACGUGUCCGACGUAGGUCGAUCGUGUCGGCUUUGGGGAGGCGACUCCUUAAAGUAGGUAGGUGGUUGACGGUUGUGCUGCUGGUGCGGCAAUGA